AUGGGCCUUGUUUCCGUAGUGUGCAUCGUGUGGUCGAUGGUGCUUGUGAUAAGUUUACCCGCGGCGGACGCUAAUUGGGGUAGUACCAAUUAUAAUUACGACACGGACAUUACAUUUCUCAUCUACGAUUGGACACAGAGCAAGUUCGCGACACAGACCACCGCUGAAACGAACUUUGACGCGUUCGGAUGUAAACCGGCGGAACCGUUCGUGGUCGUACUGCACGGUUGGUCGGAAGGUUGUAGCAUCACGCCAUGGGUACGCGAAACGCUGAACAACUUCAUUAUCCACCGGAAGGGUUGCAUCCUCUGUCUGGACUACAGUGUUAUCGCGGAUAAUAACGAUUACUUCACGGUGGUUAAGAUGGUGGAUCCGAUCGCGCGCACGCUCGAGAAGAAGCUGCGUCAGUUGAUCUUGUUUGGAAUCUCGCCAGCGAUCGGGAUGCUGUACGGGUUUAGUUUGGGAUCUCAGGUCGCAUUCCAAGCCGGGCGCAACCUUGCACCACUGAAGUUGGGACGGAUCGAUGCUUGCGAUCCUGCUGGUGUGGUGUUCGACAAGAACACGACCUACACCUCACUGAGCGUGAUGGACUCCGCCACAGAGGUACAGUGUGUACACACUAGCAGUGACAUCGGUACAAUACGACGCGUCUGCCACAAGGACUGGCUGAUGGGUUACUGUGGUUGGCUACAGUUUGCAGCGGGACUGGUUAGUUCCCACGAUCUGUGUCCGAUCUUUUACAAUGCGGCAUUCUGGUUCGACUUUAAGGCUGUUUCCAAUCCUUACCUGUGUCCCACAACGCGCGCUGUAAGCUCGUGGCCAAAUGGUUUCAAAAUGGGAUACUUCAUGCCGCAGGGAAAUUCGCUGAUGGGAGAUUUGUUUGCGAAGACUUCCAAAAAUUACCCGUACAAUUAA